AUGGUGUCAGUCAAACCAAGCUAUCUCACCUACGCCAUAGUCUCAAGUGUGUCUACUGCCCUAUCGGCUGCCUGUGUCACUCUGCGGUUCUUCCAGCGCCAACGGGUGGGCGGCUUGCAGUGGGAUGACUGGACGAUCUUGCUGGCUGUGGUCAUGUCGGUCGCAUGUCUCGUGGUCGUUCUGCUGCCCACAUCGAUCUGCCCGAGAGUACUGCAAGAUGACCCGAACAUCAAAUUCACAGACACAGAACUGAACACUUGGACAAAAACUUUGACUGCUACACAAAUGUUCUAUGCAGGCAACGUCACCCUCUCCAGAUCCUCAAUUGUGAUCUUCUAUCGUCGAAUCUUCUCAGUGGACACAAGAUUUCUCAUUUGCACUCACUUCAUGCUAUUUUUCAUUGUGGCAGCCUUUCUCGCAUUCGUAUUUGUUGCAGCUUUUGCCUAUACCCCCGUCGAAGCUCAGUGGGAUGUUUCCAAGCAAGCUACGAGCUCGAACAUACAGACGAGGGUGUGGGCUAUGACAUUAAGCGCAAUCUACACUCUUUUAGACAUCUUGGUAUUCUUGAUGGCCGCCUACAGGACGUGGAAGCUGCAGAUAGACAAGAAACGCAAGAUAUUAUUAUCCCUGUUGUUCUUUGUUGGCACACUACCCCUUAUUGCAGUCAUCAUGCGGCUGUCCUACUUUUCCAAAAAUGUUCCACGUCUCGGCUUAUGA